CCGCUCCUGCCGCUGCUGCUGCUGCUGCUGCUCAAGUUCUCCGCGGGACUCGGCGGCGAACGGCGGACAGAAGCGCCUCGGACGCAGCGCGCGCUAACGAAGGAGCGGGAAACGUGAAAAUGAAAAGUCUCACCGCGUUCGUGAUACUCGUGUGGUUGCCAUGGCAAUUCAGUCGCGCGCAGCAAAGGGGCCUUUUUCCUGCGGUGCUGAACCUGGCCUCCAUGGCGAAGAUCAGCGCCAAUGCCACCUGUGGGGAGAAUGGGCCAGAGAUGUACUGCAAGCUGGUGGAGCACGUCCCAGGCCAGCCGGUGCGGAACCCACAGUGCCGCAUCUGCAACAUGCACAGCGACCAGCCCUUCGAGCGUCACCCCAUUGAGUAUGCCAUUGAUGGAACCAAUCGAUGGUGGCAAAGUCCCAGCAUCAAAAAUGGCAUGGACUACCACCACGUGACCAUUGUACUGGACCUACAGCAGGUGUUCCAGAUUGCCUAUGUCAUCCUAAAAGCGGCGAACUCACCCCGCCCUGGGAACUGGGUGCUGGAGCGCUCACUGGAUGGUGUGACCUUCACCCCCUGGCAGUACUACGCCAUCACCGACACGGAGUGCAUCACUCGCUACGGCAUCGUACCUAGGACCGGCCCGCCCUCGUACAUCCGUGACGACGAGGUCAUCUGCACCUCCUUCUACUCCAAAAUCCACCCGCUGGAAAAUGGGGAGAUCCACACGUCCCUGAUCAACGGGAGGCCCAGCGCUGAAGAUCCCUCCCCUACCUUGCUAAACUUCACCUCGGCCCGCUACAUCCGCUUCCAGUUCCAGCGAAUCAGGACACUAAAUGCUGACCUCAUGACACUGGCUGUCAAUGACCCUCGAGAGAUUGACCCCAUCGUCACAAGACGGUAUUACUAUUCAAUCAAGGACAUUUCCGUCGGAGGGAUGUGUAUUUGCUACGGCCACGCCAAAGCAUGUCCCCUGCAUAAUGAGACAAAGAAAUUCAGCUGCGAGUGUGAGGACAACACUUGCGGGGACAGCUGUGACCGGUGUUGUCCCGGCUACAACCAGCAGCCGUGGAUGGCUGGGACGUUCCUGACCCGUCACGUCUGCGAGAAGUGCAACUGUCACGGCAAGUCUGAGGAGUGCUACUACAACCAGACGGUUGCGGACUUGAAGCUGAGUCUGAACAUGAAAGGGACAUACGAGGGUGGUGGCGUCUGCAUCGGGUGUGCCUACCACACAGCCGGGGUUAACUGCGAGACCUGUGCCAACGGCUACUACCGGCCCGCUGGGGUGAACCCGAUGGAACUAGACCCUUGCAUGCCCUGUGAAUGCAACCCCAUAGGUUCCGUCCACCGUGUUUGUGUCCCGGACGAGACUCAGGCCGAAGGAGGUUUGAGCAGUGGCUCCUGCCAUUGCAAGGAGGGCUACGACGGGGAGAAGUGUGACCGGUGUGCUUUUGGGUACAUGGGCUACCCAGACUGCCUGCGCUGCAAGUGUAGCCUGGAAGGAAGCCUCAACAAGGACCCAUGCAAACUGCCUUGCAUCUGCAAGAGUAACGUGGAGGGGGACAACUGCGACCGCUGCAAGCCGGGCUUCCACAACCUUCGCGGUGACGAUCUCCACGGCUGUGAAAAGUGCUUCUGCUCGGGAGUGGCGACCGACUGCGCCGACUCCCAGUGGGCCUACCGUAAUGUGACGUCCGUGUCAGGCUGGUCCCUCAGUGGCCCGGACGGAGAGGGCAACGUGUGGCCUGUGCCCAGCCACGACGCCUCGCAGGGGCUCAGCGUCAGCCAUGCAGAAGCCAGGGGCCGCUUAGGGGUGCCAUACUACUGGAAGGCCCCCCAUGCCUUCCUGGGGAACAAGCUGGCGGCCUACGGAGGGAGGUUGCUGUAUACCGUCUCCUACGAAACAGAGAGGAAGGACAAAGCUGUCCAUGCCACCACCCUUCCUGACGUCAUCCUGCAGGGCAAGGGGAUAACCGUGAUUGACAGCCGAUUCGGGCUGCAGGUGUACCCCUUUACGGAGAGAACAAAGGCCGUUGUCCUGCGCGCCGAGCACUUCGUACACCGGGAGACGGGCCUGCCUGUCACGAAGAAGGAGUUCAUGACAGCUCUCGCUGAUGUCGGCGGGCUGCUCCUCAGAGCCUCCUACAGCAAUGAGGAGGUCGCCAUCUACAGACUCGGCGGAGCCAGCCUGGAGGUGGCCGCGGAGUUCUCCGAGUCCGACGCGAGGGCCGGGGCCGUGGAGGUGUGUCGCUGUCCUUACGGCUACAGCGGGACCUCCUGCGAGAUCUGCUCCGUCGGCUACCGAAGGGUUAAUGGCACACUCUUCAAGGGGGUGUGUGAGCCCUGUGAUUGCAACGGACGCUCGGCACACUGCGAUGACAUCACGGGCCACUGCAUGGGCUGCGAACACCACACCUCAGGCCCGCAUUGUGACAUGUGCGCCCCCGGUUUCUAUGGUGACGCUACCAAGGGAACAGCGGAAGACUGCAAGCCGUGCGCCUGCCCGCUGCCGCAUCCUUCCAACAACUUCAGCCCAACUUGCCACCUGGACCCUCGGGGGGAGCUGCUCUGUGACCGCUGCCAACCUGGCUACGCGGGGCCUCGCUGCGACAGGUGCUCCAAUGGGUACUACGGUCAACCCACAGAACCGGGGGGUUCCUGCCAGCCGUGCCAGUGCCAUGGAAACCUGGACCCUUCGGCCCCCCAGAGCUGCGACCCGCUGACCGGCGCCUGUUUGAAGUGCAGAGAGGGCUACGGUGGGGCCGCCUGCGACGGCUGUGCGGAGGGAUACUUCGGAGACGCCGUCAAGGCCAAAAACUGCCAGCCCUGCCUAUGCCAUGUCAACGGCUCCGUAUCAGAGGUGUGCGACCCAGCGACGGGUCAGUGCCAGUGCAGGCAGCAUGUGGUCGGGAGGCAGUGCGACGAGUGCAUGCCCUCCACUUUCGGCAUACAGCAGGGCCGCGGCUGCGUCCCGUGCCACUGCAACUCCUUCGGGUCCAAGUCGUUUGACUGUGAUGAGAGGGGCCAAUGCCGCUGCCAGCCGGGGGUGACCGGACUCAAGUGCGACCGAUGCGCUCGCGGAUACUUCAAUUUCCAGGAAGGGGGCUGCACACCUUGCCAGUGUGCCGAUGUGGGCAACAACUGCGACUCCAACACGGGGCAGUGCAUCUGCCCCCCAAACACCGUAGGAGAGAGGUGCGAUAAGUGCGCCCCCAAUUACUGGGGUCAUGAUAUUGUGAUGGGUUGUAAGGCAUGCGACUGCAAUGUGGUCGGCUCCCUGACCCUGCAGUGCAACCCCGACACCGGCUGCUGCUUCUGCCGGGACCAGUUCACCGGCGAGAAGUGCGACCAGUGCAAAAUGGGCUACCACGACUUCCCACAAUGCACCACGUGCGACUGCUCCGUGGCCGGCUCCGCCGGUCAGACCUGCGAUGCGGAGCGCAGAUUGUGCUCUUGCUCUGACAGGACGGGACAGUGCACUUGCAAGGUCAAUGUUCAGGGUUUGAAGUGUGAUCGCUGUCGGCCCGGCACAUUUGGACUCAGCGCCAGGAAUCCGCUGGGCUGCAGCCAGUGCUACUGCUUCGGGUUGUCCAGCACAUGCGCCGAGGCCACGGGUCUGAUCCGCAUGUGGCUCACGCUGAAGCCAGAGCAGACAGUCCUCCCGCUGGUGGACAGGGAUGGCCGGCUGAGGACCACGCAGGGGGUUUCCUUCCAGCACCCGGAGAUCGUCGCGCACGCGGACCUGGUUGCCCGCGAGCUGUCGGAGCCAUUCUACUGGAGGCUUCCUGAGCAGUUCCAGGGUUCAAUGAUAACAGCCUAUGGAGGAAAACUGAAGUAUGCUAUUUAUUAUGAAGCCAGAGAUGAAACAGGCAAGUCCUCCUAUGAGCCCCAGGUUGUCGUCAGAGGCGGCCCCCACAAGGACAAGGUGAUGGUGCGGCACAUCACGGGCCUGCAGAUCGGUCAGCUGACCCGUCACGAAGUUGAGAUGACAGAGCACGACUGGAAGCACAGCGACAAUAGAGACAUGACGCGUGAGGAGUUCAUGGAUGUGCUGUUUCGCGUCGAAUACAUCCUCAUUAAAGCUUCUCAUGGAAAUCUGAUGAGACAGAGCAGGAUCUCGGAGAUUUCCCUGGAGGUUGCUGAGGAGGGUCGGCCCUCCGUCGAAAGCGAGCGCGCCCAUCAGAUUGAGAAGUGCGAAUGUCCCCAGGGAUACUCCGGGCUGUCCUGCGAGGAGUGCGCCGCCGGGUUCUACCGCCUGUCGGAGCGGGCUGGCAGCCGCGUCUCCCGAGCUGGCAUCGGAACCUGCGUGCGAUGCCAGUGCAGCGGGCACAGUCAAACCUGUGAUCCAGAGACAUCCAUCUGCCAGAACUGCCAGCACAACACGGUUGGGGACCGGUGUGAGCGAUGCGCUCCGGGCUACUACGGCGUGGUGCGGGGGUCUCCUCAGGACUGCAGGCCCUGCGCUUGCCCCCUUAGCAACCCCGAGAACAAUUUCAGCCCCACGUGUGUCAUGGAGGGUUUCGCUGACUACCGCUGCGACGCCUGUCCUGAGGGGUACGAGGGGAAGUACUGCGAAAGGUGUGCCAGCGGUUACCACGGAGACCCCCGCGCCCCCGGUGGCCGGUGCGAGGAGUCCUGUGACGAUGACUGCAGUGGCCUGCUGCUCAGUGACCUGGAGGGUCUCCAUCGCCUUGUCUCCAGCAUCAACCUCACUGGGCCCCUGCCUCCCCCCUACAAGGUGCUCUACAGGUUUGAGAACAUGACCGAGGAGCUCAAGCACCUGCUCUCCCCACAGAGGGCGCCAGAGAGGCUCCUCCAGCUGGCAGACAGCAACCUGGACAGCGUGGUGACGGAGAUGGACGAGCUGUUAGGGCGGGCCAGCAAAGUUUCCGCAGACGGCGCGCAAACGGACGCUGACGCCGAACGGAUCCACGCACGCGCGCAAGGGCUCGAGUCGUUGGUGAAGAGCGCCCUGCAGGCUGCAAAAGCUCUGCAGGACAAGGCCCGGCAGCUGAACAAGACUCUGGGCAUCCGGGACGGCGCCCCCGAGAGGAGUCUGCAGGAGAUGCACCGCGACAUUGAGGCCAUGCUAGCAGAGCUGCGCAAGCGACAGCUGGGGGGGAACAAGCAGAUCUCGGAUGAGGAGCUGGGGGCUGCCGAGGCCCUGUUCCAGAAAGUGAAGAGGCUCUUCGGCAACCCGCACCAGGCAACCGAGGACCUGAAGCAGGAGGUGACGAGCAAGAUGGGCGAUUACCGAGGGAAGCUGGAUGAUGCGCAGGAGCUGCUGAAAGAGGCGCAGCGGAAGAUCCGAGAGACCAACACCCUCUCGAACCUCAAUCACUGGAACAUGAGCAACUUGGAGAGGAAGAGGAACUCUGCGAACGCAGCCAAAAAGGCAGCGGAGGACACUCUUGCAGACGGUGAGCGCAUCCUUGCGGAAGCCAACCUCCUCUCUGAGAGCAUCAACCAGGAGGUGGAGGACCUCGAGGAAAUGGGACGAGAUCUGGGCCAACUACACGACCGGCUAGACUACAAGGUGAGUGGGCUCACCAAAGGACUGGGUGAGAAGAAGCUGCCCAAGCUCCUGCUGGAAGCCGAGAACCACGCCGCGCAGCUCAACGAAUCUUCUGGCAUCUUGGACAGUAUUCUUGCAGAAGCGAAAAACCUGUCGUUCAAUGCCACGGCAGCCUUCCACGCCUACAGCAACAUUAAGGACUUCAUCGAGGAAGCGGAGAAGCUGGCCAAGCAGGCCAAGGCCCGGGGGUCAGAGGCUGUGCAACUGGCUUCCACUCCGAAAGGCUCCCUGAAGGACCUGGCUAAAACCUCGCUCCAGAAGAGUUUCCGACUCUGGAACGAAGCCAAGAAGUUAGACAACGACGUAAAGGAGAAUGCCGACAAUCUGGGAAGCCUGCAGGGCAGAAUUAAAAGUGCUGGAACCAAGAACAAUGACUUGAUGAAGGCCCUUAACAACACCCUUGGGAAGCUGCAGGCGAUUCCAAAUGACACAAGUUCCAAGCUGCAGGCCGCCAAGGAGAAGGCGCGGAACGCCAACGAGACGGCCAGUGACGUCCUAGCAAGGAUCAAAGACCUCAACCUCGAUCUCAUGGGCCUGCAGAGGAACUACAGCAAACUGAGCAACGACAUCGGCAAGGCCGACAGCAUGAUCCAGGAUCCCGACAAGAACACAAUAAUCCAUGCCGCCGGAGCGAAGGUCAAGGACCUGGAGGACGAAGCCGACCGGCUCCUGGAGAAGCUCAGACCAAUCAGAGAACUCCAGGACAACCUGAAGAAGAACAUCUCCCAGAUUAAAGAGCUGAUCAACCAGGCCCGGAAGCAGGCCAACUCGAUUAAAGUGUCUGUGUCCUCUGGAGGAAAUUGCAUCCGCACCUACCGGCCCGAAAUCAAGAAGGGUCGCUACAACACUAUCAUCCUAAAUGUGAAGACCACCACGGCAGACAACCUGCUCUUUUACCUGGGCAGCGCCAGAUACACUGACUUUCUGGCCGUGGAGAUGCGCAAAGGAAAGGUGAACUUCCUGUGGGAUGUGGGCUCCGGCGUGGGCCGUGUCGAGUACCCCGACCUGGCCAUCCACGACGGGAACUGGCACCGCGUUGAAGUGUCUCGGAUCAACAUCAAUGGCACCAUCUCUGUCCAUGCCCUUGAGGGCCCCAAGGCUGGCAUCAUGCCCAUGUCCCACAGUAGCAACUCGCCCGCAGGUUACACCAUCCUAGAUGUGGACCAGAAUGCUUACCUCUUUGUGGGAGGAAUCCUGGGCACUGUGAAGAAGUCAGAUGCAGUCAAAACAACCACCUUCUCCGGCUGCAUGGGGGAGACCUACCUGGACAACAAGCCCAUUGGACUCUGGAACUACAGAGAGAGGGAGGGAGAUUGCGGUGGCUGUGUUGUGAGCCCCCAGCCCUCAGAAAGUGAAGGCACCGCGCAGUUCGAUGGGGAGGGCUAUGCUGCCGUGAGCCGCCCCACCCGCUGGAACCCCAACAUCUCCACAGUCACGUUCAAGUUCCGCACCUUCUCCACUGACGCCCUCCUCAUGUACUUUGCCACAAAGGAUCUGAAAGACUUCAUGAGUGCUGAGUUGAGUGAUGGGAGGCUGAAGGUCAGCUACGAUCUGGGCUCCGGGCCAGCUGUGGUCACCAGCGUCAAGCGGUACAACGAUGGCCGAUGGAAGUCCUUCACGAUGGCCAGGAUGACGAAACAAGCUAUGGUGACCAUCAUUGACAUCGACACCAACGAGGAAGAGAAAAUGUCGGCAACCUCGCAGGGCCCCAGCUCAGGAUUAAACCUCAAGGAAGAUGAACGGAUUUAUUUUGGCGGUUUGCCAACUCUCGGCAACUUCAGUAUGAAAGCCAGGCCAGAGGUGUCUUUGAAGAGGUUUGCAGGCUGCAUGAAGGAUAUAGAAGUUUCCAGAACACCAUACAACCUGCUGAGCAGCUCUGACUACACCGGUCUGACCAAAGGCUGUGCUAUUGAGAACCUCCACACGGUCAGCUUCUCCAAGCCUGGCUUCAUGGAGCUGAAGCCCCUCACAUUUGGCGUUGGCACGGAGAUAACCCUGUCCUUCAGCACCAAAAGUGACAAGGGCCUCAUCCUGCUUGGCAGCGGCGGUACCCCUGUGCCCCCCAGGAGGAGGCGCCGGCAGACAGGCGAGCCCUUCCUGUCUGUUCUUCUGAACAAGGGCACCCUGGAAGUGCUGGUGUUCGCAGGGGGCCGCGCCCCGCGGAGGGUGGUCCGCAAGCCGGACGAGGGGAUCCUGCAUGACGGGCGCGAGCACGCCCUGCGCAUCGAGAGGACGAGCGGAGGGGGACUCACGGUGCAGGUGGAUGAGGAGGAGAAGAUGGUGCAAACACUGGCCAACGACCAGCCCAUGACCAUCAAACGGCUCUUUCUGGGCGGGAUCCCGCCGGACGUGGAGACCAGCACUCAGAGGACCAACAUCCCUUUCGAGGGAUGCAUCUGGAACCUGGUGAUCAACACCAUCCCCACGGAUUUCUCCCAGGCCGUUGCGUUCGAGAACGCCGAAAUCGGACAGUGUCCCAGCAUGGCUCCUCCGCCACCCACCCCUCACGUCAAACCCCUGCCGGAGGGGGCACCCGUAGAGGAGGACGAGGCGGAGGACGGGUCGCGGACGGGAGCCGGCCGGCCGCCUACGGAGGCCACGCCCCCCAGAUCGUCCCCGACGCCGCCCAGCGACGCCUCCCCAGCUGAGUUGAGGAGCAAUGCCACACCCUCUGACCUCAGCUCAACAACGGUGCCCUGCGUCGCCGAGGCGGCUCCCGUCCUCUUAGAAAAGGCGAAGCAGUUCGGCCUCUCCAGAAACAGCCACGUGGCCGUAGCGUUCGACGACACUAAGGUCAAAAACAGAUUGAUCAUCGAGUUCGAGAUUCGGACAGAGGCAGAGGCGGGCCUGGUGUUCUACGUGGCCAGGAUAAACCACGCCGACUUCGCCACCAUCCAGCUGAAGGAGGGUAUGGCGCACCUGAGCUACGACCUGGGCAGCGGAAACACCUCGGUCAGCGUCCCGCGGAUCAUUAAUGACGGCCAGUGGCACAAGAUCCGCGUUUUCAGGGACAAGCAGAGGGGCGUGCUCACCGUGGACAACCGCUACUUCAAACACACCACCAGCCCCAAGAAAGCCGACAUCCUCGAUGUGGUCGGGAUGCUCUACAUCGGCGGUCUGCCCGCGAACUACACCACCAAAAGGAUCGGUCCGGUGGUGUACAGCAUCAAUGCUUGUAUCCGAAAUUUCAAAAUGCUGAAUUCCCUGUUGGACCUGGACAACCCCACCUCAAGCCACAACGUGGGCAGCUGCUACGUCCGCACCGAGAAGGGGGCCUACUUCGAUGGCACCGGAUACGCCAAAGCAGUGGGCAGCUACAGGGUGGGCACCGACGUCUCCAUCCAGCUGGAGUUCCGCACCUCCCAGAGCAACGGGGUGUUGCUGGGAGUCAGCAGUCAGAAGAUGGACGGGCUGGGCGUCGAGCUGCACAACGGCCAGCUACUGUUCCACGCAGACAACGGGCUGGGCCGGGUCACAGCGGUGCACCAGCCCGACACGGAGGCAGCCCUCUGUGACGGACAGUGGCACUCGGUGACCGCCCACAAGCUGAAACACCGGCUGCAGCUGAUCGUGGACGGCCGGGAGUCAGCGGCAGAGAGCCCUCACGUCAAGUCGACGUCGGCCGAUACCAACGACCCCGUCUACGUAGGGGGCUACCCAGAGGGUCUGAAGCAGUUUGGCCUGACCACCAGGACGUCUUUCAAGGGCUGCAUCCGCAACCUAAAGUUGACCAAGGGGUCGAAGGCCCUCGACGUCCAACUCCACAAGGCCCUGGAGCUGCGCGGCGUGCAGCCUCUCGCCUGCCCGUCGAACUGACCCCCCCCGUAGACCUCGGUCUGCCCACGGGAACAGCAGCGCUAGAGCAGCAAAACAAACUAUACAAAACUCCCCGGAGUCACCCUCUCGCGCCGGACCUGGGUUCUAACUAGCGAAGUGACUUCUGAUCAUUUAUCCAGCCGUGCACAAUGUGUUUGCAUGGAUCUUCGUGAGGAACCCAGAUUCCCCCGUGUGUCCUUAGUUCAGUCCACUGUAGCGCUUGCAUGGAGUGAUGUUGCUGCAGUGCCUCCUGUACUCCAAAUAUAUUCCUGCUAACGAAACUCUGGCUACUCUGGUGUCUCUUAUUAUUAACCGU